AUGAACACAUCAAACAGAAAAGAAACAUGGAUUGAUUGUUAUAACAGUUCCCAGAAGAUAUUACUUGUGGGUGAAUGUGAUUUCUCAUUUUCCGCAUGUCUAGCUCGAGCCUUUCGCACUGCUAAAAACAUGGUUCCUACUUCAUAUCUUGAUGAAGAUUGGCUAGUUGAAACGCUUUGGACUCGUGUACCACACCUUGAAGAACUGGAGAGAUUAGGUUGCUUAUUGUUGUAUGAAGUUGAUGUCUACAAGAUGCACACUCACCCCAUUCUCAAGAAAAUGAAGUUCGACAGCAUCCUCUUCAAUUUCCCUCAUGCGGGUCAUUAUGAUUACUUACGUGAAAGUGACCAGGAAUUGAUCCAGGAGUUGGUAGGAGCUUACUUCAGAAGUGCAAGCAAGAUGUUGAGUAAAGGAGGUGAGGUGUAUAUAAGGCAUCGAGAUGAUCCUCCGUAUUACAGAUGGGAUGUUAUUUCGCUGGCUGCUGAAGCAGGUUUGAAGUUGAAGGAGAAAGUGUUGUUUGAUAAAAGUAUGUAUCCUGGUUAUCAUCACAAAAGAGGAGGGGGUAUAAAUACUAACAAGACUUUUCCUAUCGGAUACGCUUUUACUUUUCAGUUUGUUCUUGAUUUGCCAAAGGUGGAUGAUCCUCAUCUAAAGAGUUAUGAAGAAGUUCAGGUAUUAGAGGCUCAUGAUAAGGAAGUUUGUGUAUUAGAGAUGAAGGAUCGAGUUCAUGGUGAUGAGGUUCAUAUAUCAGAGAUGAAGGGUCAAGUUCAUGGCGAUGAGACUCAUGCAAUGAAGAUUAAAGAUCAAGUUCAUGAAGAUCCUCAUGAUGUUCAAUCAUUAGAGAUGAAGGAUCAAGUUCAUGAUCAUCUAGAGAAUGAUGGCAUAACUAAUCAUGGUGAUGAAGUUCAUGUUUUGAAGAUGAAAGGUCAGGUUCAUGGUGAUGAUCAGGUUCAUGCAUCAAAUAUGAAGGAUGAUCAAGAUUAUGGUCAUGAGGGUCAUGUAUCACAUACGAGGGGUCAAGUUCAUGAUGAGAGUGUAAAGACUGAUCAUUAUGAUGAAAUUCUAAUGGAAAUGAAGGAUGAUGUAGAUGAUUAUGAUAAUGAUAUUAAUGCAUUUGAGAUGAAAGGUAUUGUCAAUGAGCAACAUGAAAAGACGUCUGAUCAGUUUCUUGAUGUUUAUGUAUUAAAGAUGGAGGAUGAAAUCCAUGACUAUGAACAUCAUAUGAAGAAUGAUGAAGUUAAUGUGGAUCUUGAUGUUCAUGUACUAGAGAUGAAGGAUCAAGAUUAUGGCGAUGAGGUUCAUGUAUCACAUAUGAAACAUCAAGUUUAUGACCAGAAUCCAAAGAACGAUGAAAUUCCUGAUCAUGAUGAUGAAGUUGAUGUAUCAGAAAUGAAAUAUGAAGUAGAAGAGGAUGGUGUUCAUGUAUUAGAGAUGAAGGAUAAAGAAAAGAAUGAUCAAGUUCAUGAUGUAUUGGAGAUGAAUGAUGAUAUCCAUAACCAUGUCCAUGAACAUAAUGUGAAGAAUGAUGAAGUUAAUGUGGAUCUUGUUGUUUAUGUACUAGAGAGGAUGAAUCUUGUUGAAGAACAACAUACGAAGGAUGAUAACUAA